UAUUAUUUGUAUUUUCUACACAAUUGUGAAUGCGAAAUAACAAUAGACUGUGCCGCGAAGAAGAGUCUAAAAGGAGAGGUAGCGGUAUCUGGGACAGUAAACAUUGACUGCAAACUAUUCCGUCUUGUACCUAAGGAUUUAUAUUUAGGUAGUCCAUAUUCACACAAUAUCAGGGUGAAGUUUCCACUCCUCGAUAAUGGCAUGCUGCUGCCUGUCAGCAGAAGACAGAGAGAAUAAGAGAAUAAAUGAGGAGAUCGAGAAACGGCUCCGCCAGGACAAGAAGGACUCCCGCAGAGAACUUAAACUUCUACUCCUGGGUACUGGAGAGAGCGGGAAGAGCACUUUCAUCAAACAGAUGCGCAUCAUCCAUGGCUCGGGAUACACAGAGGAGGACAAGCGCGGCUUCAUCAAGCUGGUUUUCCAGAACGUUUAUACCGCCAUACAGUCCAUGAUCCGCGCCAUGGAGACCCUCAGUAUCGCUUACACAGACAGCCAGAACAGUAGCAACGCUGCCUUGGUGCUGGAGGUGGAGGUGGACGUGGUGGAGUCAAUGGACCCCAAACAGGCUGAUGCGAUCCGGGCCUUGUGGGCCGACCCGGGAAUCCAGGAAUGCUACGAUCGCCGCAGAGAGUACCAGCUGUCCGACUCCGCCAAAUACUACCUGGCAGACAUGGACCGAAUUGCGGACCCUCAGUAUGUGCCCACCCAGCAGGACAUCCUACGCGUCAGAGUGCCCACCACGGGGAUCAUCGAGUACCCCUUCGACCUGGAGAGCGUCAUCUUCAGGAUGGUGGAUGUUGGGGGUCAGAGGUCAGAGAGGAGGAAAUGGAUCCACUGCUUUGAGAACGUGACCUCCAUCAUCUUCCUUGUGGCCCUGAGCGAAUACGAUCAGGUCUUAGUAGAAUGUGACAACGAGAAUCGGAUGGAGGAGAGCAAGGCUCUGUUUAAGACCAUCAUCACAUACCCCUGGUUUCAGAGUUCCUCAGUCAUCCUCUUCCUCAACAAGACUGACAUCCUGGAAGAGAAGAUUCUGUACUCUGACUUAGCCACCUAUUUUCCAGAGUAUACAGGCCCACCUAAGGAGACAAAGCCGGCUCAGGAGUUCAUCCUGAAGAUGUACCAGGACCAGAAUCCCGACAAGGAGAAGACGCUGUACUCCCACUUCACCUGCGCCACCGACACAGAGAACAUCCGCUUCGUCUUUGUGGCCGUCAAGGACACCAUCCUCAGACACAACCUCAAAGAGUUCAACCUGGUGUAGGCACGAGGCGUAGCCCAGGUGUGCGGGGCAAUAAGGCGUAGCACAGGUGUGCGGGGCAAUAAGGCGUAGCACAGGUGUGUGGGGCAAUAAGGCGUAGCGCAGGUGUAGUCUCAGGUGGCAAUGAGCUGUCAGGUGUGGCACAAAUGUAGGGCAAUAGGGUGUGAGUGAUAGUGCAGGUGUAGCGGGAGAGGUGGUCAGGGGUAGGACAGACAUAUGGGAUUAUACCAGUCAUGAACAGGGGUCCAUCUAAAGCACCCGAGACUCACGCGCCAUUGAGACAUCAGCACUUUCUGCUCAGGUUUACAUUUAUAUAUUCUGAUUAAAAUGGGUGUAUUCUGACUGUAUUUUCUGAUAACAAUAUUUUGUUCCUGAAACGUUCAUCGGAGAUUAAAGCAAUGCUGCGCGUGGAGGGAUAGUCUACCGCCGGCUGUGUUUUUGUGGACAGAAGCUCUGAAUCAGAGGAACUUUCCAGAACCUUCUUUCCAGUCGUCAAACACUCAGGAAUUGGGCCAAGCUCCACUUUCUUGAACUCUUUUUAGACAAGAGAUUUAGACAUGGAAUUAGUUUAUGACACUGAUAAGAGAAGUGAACUAUGUUUUUAUUUAUUGCUAUAAUUACGCUGUAAAAGUAGGACAUUUUCAAAUGUAUGCAAAUUAGAGAAGGACAAAGUGUCUCUCAUUCAAUAACCUGCACAAGCGAGCAGAAGCAAAAUAAGAGGCUUCGUCCAAUCAAACAGGAGCUUAUAAAAUAUAUUGAAAUGAUGCAAAUACGGUUGUACUGUACAGACACACAGAUGUGUGUACAUACAUACCUAUACAAUAUACAUAA